GACGUCACGGACAAAGGCGGCGUGUGCCGCGAGGUGUCGCGUCUGGUCUCUGGCGGAGGUUCCGUGGGCUGGUGGGGUCUGCGCCGCCUCUGCCCUCCCUUCCUCUUCACCGUCCUCUCACCCGGGUCCCGGGAGCCCCCGUCCGGGGAGAGGCGCCGUUGCUGAGUGUGGUGCUUGAGCGCAGACGUGGCUGGUGGCAGGCAGCAUGACAAGCGAGGUGAUCGAAGAUGAGAAGCAGUUCUAUUCGAAGGCCAAGACGUACUGGAAGCACAUCCCGGCCACAGUGGACGGCAUGCUUGGGGGGUACGGCCACAUCUCCAGCAUCGACAUCAGCAGCUCCCGGAAGUUCCUGCAGAGGUUUCUGAGGGAAGGCCCGAACAAGACAGGAACUUCCUUUGCCCUGGACUGUGGAGCUGGCAUUGGCAGGAUCACCAAGCGGCUGCUGCUGCCGCUCUUCAGAGUGGUGGACAUGGUUGACAUGACAGAGGACUUUCUGGUUAAAGCCAAGACCUACCUGGGGGAGGAGGGCAAGAGGGUGAGGAACUACUACUGUUGUGGUCUCCAGGACUUCAGCCCGGAGCCGGACUCUUACGACGUGAUCUGGAUCCAGUGGGUGAUAGGCCACCUAACUGAUCAGCACCUGGCUGAGUUCCUGCGGCGCUGCAAAGGGGGUCUCCGUCCCAAUGGCAUCAUCGUCAUCAAAGACAACAUGGCCCAGGAAGGCGUGAUCCUGGACGAUGUGGACAGCAGCGUGUGCCGGGACCUCGAGGUGGUCCGCAGGAUCAUCCGCAGCGCAGGCCUCAGCCUCCUGGCCGAGGAGAGGCAGGAGAACCUCCCCGAUGAGAUCUACCACGUCUACAGCUUUGCCCUGAGAUGAGCCAGGGCUGUCAGAAGAAACUGAGGGACCAGAGCUGGGGUGGGGGGAGCCAGCAGUUCACGAGAUCCAGGCUCCACGUUGAUGGUUCGGGAGUGUUGAGAGGUCACUAAAUAUACCUGUUCACUCACUAAACAGACUCUUCUUAAAAAGGCAAAUUGGGACGCAGCAGGGAGGGGUACUGCUGAACUGGCAGUUACACAGGAGCUUGGCCCUGCUGCGCUGAGCUAAGGCAGCCAUUGGGCAGCCUGUCACAUGGCUCCUGAUGCCCCCCCCCCCCCAUGUGGAAAUACAGUGAUCAUACCAGAAGCUGAGAUUCCCUGGAUCUCCAUCCUGGGCUUCCAGCCUUAGGCCUUGCUGCCUUUAAGAGGAAGGGAGCAAGUCUAACUUGGCUGUCAAGGGCUUGAAGAAAUAUGGUCUUUACCUAGGGUGGGAAAGGAGCUGAGCUGGUGAAGCUCGUGGGUGUUUGCGGGCUCCUGGCUGGGGCAAGGCUGGCAUGGUCCCUGUCCAGUGGUACCACUUAUGGAAAUGUUCAUAUGCCAAGUCCUGUUUGGAAAUGGGAUCAUGGCAUUAACAUGAUGAUCACCACAGCGUGGAGCCUCACUCUUUGCUGUGCUUGGGUUCGUCCUUGGCAAGCAUUUUCAGUCAAAAAUAAAAGUGGUGACCCCUA